AUGUCUGGCGCCGAGAUCAUGGGCCUCAUCUCUGGCAUCAUCGCUAUUGUCGAUGCGACUACGAAGGUUUACGCCGCCGCCAACAAUGCUUCGGGCCUCCCACAAGCCUUCCGCGAUGUUGCUAUGCGGCUCCCUUUGGUCCACGAAACCCUCGAAACCGUCUCAAGACACCUGAACACCACCAGCCCCGACGAGAACUCCUGCAAAGCAAUAAGCCGUAUCUUACAACGCUGUGAGAACAGGGUAACACAACUAGAGAAAAUAUUUGGGGAUGUUAUCCCGCAGGCUGAUGCCUCGAGAAUGGAGCGAUACCUGGUUGCCGCCCGCACCUUAGGCAAAGAAGGCACAGUGGAAUCGCUUAUGAAGGGCAUACUAGAGGAUAUCCAGCUUUUGGCCAGUAGUCGCGUGAUGGAGCUGGCGACAAAGGCUAGUAGUAUUCCAUCGCUGAUACGGAAAGCGAUAGAAGAAGCGUCUGCAAUUCCGCCAUCACUGCCAGACGGUAUAUACUCAUCCACGGCGUGUGAAGCCGAACGAAACGUCCUACUCAAGGAGCUAAAGUGGACCGAUCCCACCAUCGACAAACUACGCAUUGAAAGAACAAAGGGUGGGCUACACGAAGCUUCGUCCAGCUGGAUUCUCUCCCAUCCCAGUUACCUGAAGUGGCAAGACGGCGAAACCAAGCUGCUCUGGAUCAAGGGCGCUGCCGGCAAGGGCAAGACGAUGCUGUUGAUUACCAUCAUCAAGCAACUUCAAUCUCAGAUCAGACUUGACCGCCCCAUCGCCAACUCGUCCUUGUCGUUCUUCUUCUGCCAGAAUACCGAUAACCGCUUAAACAAUGCAGUCGCCGUUCUCAAAGGGCUCAUAUACCUCUUGCUGGUCCAGGACGUCAGUCUCGUUUCGUACCUCAAGAGUGACUGCGACCGGAUGGGCAAGGGCAUCUUCGAUGUCACUAACAACAGUGCCAAUGCCUUUGACGCGCUGUCCAAUGUGUUCAGGCAGAUGAUCCAGCACUCGCGGUCGGAUACUGUGUACUUAGCUGUUGACGCUCUCGAUGAAUGUGAAGACGGUCUGCCGGACCUCCUUAGCCUGGUUAGAGAAACUGCCUUCCAAGAAAAUCGUCUUAAGUGGAUCUUAACGAGCCGUAACCGGGUCGACAUUGACGGAAACCUCGCGCUUGAGAACCCGGGAGCGAAGUUAAGCCUGGAGGUGAACUCGGAAGCCGUGUCCCAGGCGAUCGAAACUUACAUCAUUCACAAGGUAGCCCAAGUUUCAUCACUUCGAUCCAGCCCUGUCCAGCGAACCAUUGUUCAACAAAUGCUGCUCGAGAAGGCUGAGGGUACCUUUUUAUGGGUUGAUCUAGUAUUGCGAUCUAUCCAUACUGCCUUGGCCGAUGAUGCUAUUCGCCGUGUCGACGAGACACCGCCAGGCCUACCGGCGCUUUACGAUCGGAUGAUGGGAGAUAUUGACAAGUCUACGAGUGACUACCGAGACUCGUGUCUUGCUGUGCUUUCAGUCGCAACUUUAGCGUACCGCCCUCUCCACAUCCUCGAGCUCAAAACGAUAGCUGGGCUCGGGUACGAAAUCGCUGAUCUGGAGAGGAUUGUCGACAUGUGCGGUUCCUUUCUCACGCUGAUGGACAACCACGUCUAUCCGAUUCACCAAUCGGCCAAGGACUACCUAGUCAGUGACACCGCCGUCAAUAAGGUUUUCCCGUCUGGGAAACACGCUGUUCAGCGCAGCAUUGUCGACAGAUCAAUUGCGGCGAUGGGGAAAAUACUACAGCGAGAUGUGUAUCAGUUGGUGCAUCCAGGAGUGCUCACCCGUGACGUGCAGGCGCGGCCACCCACAGAAGAUCCUUUACUUCCAGUGGGAUACUCCUGUACAUACUGGAUCGACCAUGUCUGUGAAGCCGAUAAGGCCGACUUACAAGGCUCCCGACGUUACCGGGUAGCAAACACUUUCAGGCGGUAUGUCGCAGGAUCAAAGAAGAGCAUCCGAAUAAGAGACUUGAUUAAGGCGUUCUUCCACGACCACUUCCUUCACUGGCUUGAAGCGUUGAGCCUCCUCGGCGUUACCUCGAAUGGAGUCCUCUCUCUUGCUAGGCUUAGAACUAUCGUCGAAGCGCCACUGCAGACAUACAUAUCAGCAUUGCUCUUUACUCCCGUUGACAGUAUCAUCCGUCGAAUGUUUGUCAAAGAAGAGCCCCGUUGGGUGCUAACAAAGCCGGUGGUCGAGAAAAUCUGGAGUCGAUGUCUUCAAACAUUUGUGGGCCACAGCGGUUCGGUUUGGUCGGUAGCAUUCUCCCCGGACGGCAGCCGAAUCACAUCUGGAUCGGGCGAUGAUACCGUCCGCAUCUGGGAUGCCAAGUCGGGCAAGGAGGUACAGAAGCUCAAGGGCCACAGCGGUUCGGUUCGGUCGGUAGCAUUUUCCCCGGACGGCAGCCGAAUCGCAUCUGGAUCGGACGAUGAUACCGUCCGCAUCUGGGAUGCCAAGUCGGGCAAGGAGGUACAGAAGCUCAAGGGCCACAGCAGUUGGGUUCGGUCGGUAGCAUUCUCCCUGGACGGCAGCCGAAUCGCAUCUGGAUCG